AUGGCCAACAACGAACAGACCUCAACUAUGCCCACCACGGUGGUUUUACCCGCUGUCACCCCGUCUACAAACAUCUCCAAUGCCGCAGACAUUGCUCCAUCUUCACGAUCAUCCUCUCGCUCAUCAACAGUUCAAAGUCUUCAUUCCCUAGAUAACGCUACAACAUAUGUUAGCCCCACGCAUUCUUUGAACAUAUCCUGUCCUGCCACCGAAGCCUCACACAAAAAGCAAACCUAUCCACCCUUUCGAGAUCGCUUCUCAGUCUCAUUAUCCAUACCUUCGAAACCAGAAGACCAGAGCAGCCUUGGCCGCCCGGGUUCCAAAAUGGCGCUGUCUCCUACCCUCCGCAACCACGGCACGGCUGCACUCGCCGAGCUUGUGGGAACCUUCUUGUUCCUCUUCUUUGCCUUCUCGGCCGCCGUGGUCGCCAAUGCUGUGCCGCCGGAGUCGAUCGAUGACUUCGUGGUCCCUAAUAUUCCAGGGCUUCUGUACAUCUCGUUUGCCUUUGGCAUCUCACUGAUGGUCAACGUCUUUGCCUUUUAUCGCAUCUCUGGUGGUCAAUUCAACCCUGCCGUCUCGAUGGCACUUUGCUUGGUCGGCGCAAUCCCACCAUUGCGUGCCGGGUUUUGCAUUGUGGGCCAGAUUGUUGGCGGGAUUAUUGCCGCCGCGGCGGUCUCCGGUCUCUACCCUACCGUUUUGAACGUCGAAACCACACUGGCGCCUGGAGUCUCGCAGGCCCAAGGUGUCUUUAUCGAGAUGUUCCUCACGACGCAGUUGAUCUUGGUCAUUCUCCUGUUGGCAGUCGAGAAACACAGAUUGACAUAUUUAGCUCCGCUUGGUAUCGGCUUUGCCCUUUUUGUGACGCAUCUUGCUGGUGUAUACUUCACCGGAGCCUCGCUCAACCCGGCUCGCUCCCUUGGUCCCGCAGUCAUCAACCGCAGCUUCCCUUCCUACCACUGGAUAUACUGGAUCGGCCCCAUGCUCGGCGCUCUCCUUGCAUCGGGGUUCUACAGCCUUCUCCAUUUCUGCAAGUGGAAGCAGGUCAAUCCAGGUCAAGACUGGGAUGGCAUUGGCGAGAAAGAGGCCCAGAGGGACGACUUCAACGGAGCCAAUGAUCCCUUGACGAGGGUCGCUUGA